CAUAUGGAAGCCUUCUUCUGUAGCGUUCGUCAAAGAUGUGUACAAGGCAAAAGUGAAAGAAGUUAAAUUUGCAAACAAGGCUGAUGGAGUAAUUGAGCUAGUGAAGGACUAAUGAAGCAACUUCUCCAAAAGGGUUCCAUAGAUGGGGGGGAAGUGCUUGUUCUUGCAAAUGCCCUCUACUUCAAAGGAUUAUGGGACGGGAAAUUUGAUCCAUCAAGGACAAAAUAUACAGAAUUUCACUUCCUAAAUGGGCAAAUUGUUCAAGCUCCGUUCAUGAUCAGCAAGAGCAAUGAGAAACAUUUUUAUGGAUCGUUUGAUGGCUUUAAAGUACUUCACCGUCCAUAUCAAAGUGGUCAAGACACAAGGAAGUUCUCCAUGUACAUGUUUCUUCCUGAUGAGAAAGAUAGCUUGCCAAAUCUGAUCCAAAGAUUCAAUUCAGAUCCCAGCUUCUUUAAUCAGCAUUUCAAGCUAUUGAAAGAGGACAUUGAACAUGUUUUGAUCCCCAGAUUUAAAUUCUCAUUUGAGUUUGAAGCUUCAGAGACAAUGAAAGAAAUGGGACUUGAGCUACCAUUCAUCGUAUUCCGGAAAUCCAAUAUUGAAGUUAAUGAAGAAGGGACAGAAGCUACGGCUAGCACUGCCGCAUCCACCAGACUCUCCUGUGCUAGGUGGCCAACAGCAAGAUUUGUGGCUGACCAUCCUUUCAUGUUCAUGAUAAGAGAGGACACUUCAGGGCUUGUGUUCUUCACCGGAGCAGUGGUUAACCCACUCUUUGGAGGAUUGAAUCUUAGAAAAGUUCUUUAAAUAGUCUAUAAUAAGUUCUGGAUUUUGAUGAUGCUACCAUGAAUUGUAUGUAUCCAUCUUGGCUUGAUGUCUUCAGUAAUAUCAUCAAAGUUUUACUUUGCAUAAGUAUCUUACCUCACUUGGGUGUGUACACUGGAAUCCAUCACUGUUACUCAAACAGUUCAGCUUUGUACCUUACAUAAGAGAAGAAAGAAGAUAAAACUGGAAUUUAGCA